UAAUAGAAAGAGAAAAUUAUUAAAUAGCAAGGGAGCGUCGAGCACAAAAAGAGAGAAACACGUCUCUAGCUUUUCCGCUCUGUCCUCGGCGAUCCAAAAUCUGAUAGGGGGCCUGGUGUCCGAUGCGAUUCUGAGCUCAGGAAUCUGUUUCAGAGGUUUUCUUUAAUUGGGUAUUCUCUUUGCAGGUAAGUUGAAAAGAUGGAGCAUGAGGAGACUGGCUGUCAACCUCACCCCGAGGGUCCUAUAUUGUGUAUAAACAAUUGUGGGUUUUUUGGAAGUGUGGCUACUAGGAAUAUGUGUUCCAAGUGCCACAAGGACAUGAUGUUGAAAGAGGAGCAGGCAAAGCUCGCUGCAUCAUCCUUUGGAAACAUUGUCAAUGGAACAUCAAACAGCAAUGGAAAUGAACCUGUUGUUGCUGCUGGUGUGGAUGUUCAAGCCCAUCUGGUGGAGCCAAAAACUAUCUCUUUACAACCAUCCUUUUCCUUUGGUUCAGGUUCAGGAGGGAGUGGUGAGGCAAAGCCAGAAGGCCCAAAACGUUGCGGAACUUGCAACAAGAGAGUUGGAUUAACAGGGUUCAAUUGUCGGUGUGGUCACCUUUUCUGUGCAGUACAUCGUUAUUCAGACAAACAUGACUGCCCUUAUGAUUACCACACUGCUGCACGCGAUGUGAUUGCUAAAGCCAACCCUGUUGUAAAGGCUGAUAAGCUUGAAAAAAUCUAAGCCUGAUGUGGUGAAGUUUCAAAUUUCGGAAUUGAUGCUUGUUUUCAUCCAGGAGAUGGCUUCAGAGUCUGCUGCAAUAUCUUAGCACUUGCCCCUUUAUUAUGUUAUGUCCUACUGGGGAAGGCAUGGACAUCUCAGCACUUUGAAGAACUCUGUAUUUGUUGUGAUUGGGAGAACUUUAUGUGUUGUAGUCUGUGCUUGUUUGGUGGACAUGGUUAUGGGUUAAUGUUCGUAAUGUGUCUACUUGCUGUCUAUAUGGCAUUUCUUUCGUGUAGUACAUUUCAGUCGCAAUUCUCAGAUGUGGACACAAUGACUGGUAUUGUAUAUUAUCGAUGUGGUUUCCAUGCAUAAAUCUGUUUUCCCUU